GCUCAAGGCAUCGGUGUCAUGUGCCAUUCAUGUGGACCGGGCUGAGUGGCUGAGUCACAUGUAGGGCCGGGCUGAGUUUGCCGAACACUGUGCCGGACGGCGACGCAUGGCUGACCAUGGCGAUGCCACCGCUGAAGCGUGCGGGCGCAAAAGAGAGCGCCCUGAAAUCAGAGCUGAAGGCCUUGCGACUCGCUCAGGGCAAACUGGAGGCAUUGGACAAAGGCUGCGCAACGGGCGCGCGAGCAACGCCGGAGGCAAAGGCGAAAUUUGUUUUUGACCUGGAGCUCGACCGAUUUUUUGCAGCAUGGAGCGCGGUCUGCAAGGACAUGCGCAGCUACUGGCGCCGGCGACGUGACGAGAACUCCCGCAGAUGGCUGGGAACGCGGUCCCGGGCCCUGUCCCUGUGGAGUCUCUUCUCGUGUUUGAGGCGGUAUGUAGACCGACCCCUGCAGAAGCCAGCAAGGGGCGCGCGUGUGCGGCACAAGAACACAACUGGUAUGGGUCAAAUGUGCGGCACCUUCUUCUCCUGUAGCGAGCGCGGGGUGUGCAAGAUCCUUUGGGAUGGGACGACGGCGCCAUCCUUCGUGGGAGCGCUGCAGCUUGUGGAGAUCUGUUCCUUGCCACAUCCUUUUCUCGCCGGGCUGGCAUUUCUUGCCUGGAGCCUCGCACAUGCACAUGACGAAGACUUGAAGAUUGACGGCCUGCGCACGGCCUUGAUGUUCAACCAAGUCAUGGGGAAGUCUUCGGGAAAGCUGACGAUGAUGGCGGUGAUGCAGGAGGAAUCCAUCAAGGGCCUGAAGUUCUGCUUUGCUGCGUGGAAGAAGGCGGUGAAGAGCCGGUCGCUGCAGCGGUUCCGGGUGCGGCGGGCGCGGGAGGUGUUCCGGGCCUGGCUGGAGGUG